UGCUGUGCUACAGGAUGGGCCUCUCAGCCUCAUCCUCAUUGUGGGCCCCCCCAGGAUUGCUCCUGAUCAUCGCCCUGCACCUGGCCAUCCCCCAAUACCCCACCCAAGCCUCUGCAGGCCUGCACCGAGACUAUUGCGUGCUGGGCGCAGGCCCCGCAGGCCUGCAGAUGGCUUACUUCUUGCAGCAGGCUGGCAGGGACUACGUGGUGCUGGAGCGGGCCUCGAGGCCCGGCAGCUUCUUCGUCCGCUACCCCCGGCACCGCAAACUCAUCAGUAUCAACAAACGCCAUACGGGCAAGGCCAACCCCGAGUUCAACCUCCGCCACGACUGGAACUCGCUGCUCAGCCACGAUCCCCGGCUGCUUUUCCGACACUACUCCCAGGACUACUUCCCCGAUGCCCGGGAUAUGGUGCGCUACCUCGGGGACUUCGCGCACCGCCUGCGCCUCCGCAUCCUGUACAACACGGACAUCGUCCAUGUCACGCUGGACAAAGACAGGUCUGCCUGGAACGGUCAUUACUUCGUCCUCACCGACCAGAAGGACCAGGCUUACCGGUGUAGCGUCCUCUUGGUCGCCACCGGGUUGUCUGUCCCCAAUCUGGUCAACUUCCCUGGCUCCGAGUACACGGAGGGCUACGAAUCCGUGUCAGUGGACCCACAAGAUUUUGUGGGGCAGAACGUGCUGAUCUUGGGCCGUGGAAACUCGGCCUUUGAGACGGCUGAGAACAUUCUAGGUGUCACCAACUUCAUCCACAUGCUUAGCCGCUCGCCGGUCCGGCUCUCCUGGGCCACACAUUAUGUUGGGGACCUCAGGGCUAUCAACAACGGCCUGUUGGACACCUACCAGCUGAAGUCCCUGGACGGCCUGCUUGAGUCCGACCUGACAGACCUGGCUCUGGUCAAGGACCACCAGGGCAAGCUCCACGUCACUCUGCAGUUUUUCCUGGAGGGGACCAACCGGAGCGCCGACGCCCACGUCCCUCUGCCCCAGGAUGACAGCGACAAUUUUGCCCUGCGUGUUGCCUACGACCAUGUCAUCCGCUGCCUUGGCUGGAAUUUUGACUUCUCCAUUUUCAACGAGUCCCUCCGCCUCUCUUCAGGGGGUGAAUUCAGCAAGAAGUACCCCCUGAUCAGAGCCAGCUACGAGUCCCGGGGAAGCCGCGGCCUCUUCAUCUUGGGCACUGCCAGCCACUCUGUGGAUUAUCGCAAAUCGGCUGGUGGUUUCAUCCACGGCUUCCGAUACACAGCUCGCGCUGUGCACCGGCUCCUGGAGCAGCGCCACCACGGCGUGGCCUGGCCAGCGGUCCGGCUCCCCGUCACCCAGCUCUGCAGCGCCAUCCUGCGGCGUGUGAAUGAGGCAUCGGGGCUGUACCAGAUGUUUGGGGUGCUGGCUGACAUCGUCCUGCUGCAGGAGAACACCAUGACUUUUGAGUACCUGGAAGAGUUCCCCAUGCAGAUGCUGGCACAGCUGGAGUCGCUCACGGGCCGGCGGGCCCCACACGGGCUCCUGGCCAUCAGCAUGGAGUAUGGCCGCAACUUCUCAGGGCCUGGCAAGGACGUCUUCUUCCGCGACCGAUCCGUGGGGCACACACAGGACGCCUGGCAGUCCAACUUCCUUCACCCCGUCAUCUACUACUACCAGCACCUGCCCACUGAGCAGGAGGUGAGGUUCCGCCCCGCAGGCUGGCCGCUGCCCCGGCCCACGGCCAUCCACCACAUCGUGGAGGACUUCCUGACAGACUGGACUGCACCUGUAGGCCACAUCCUGCCUCUGAGGCGCUUCCUGGAGAACUGUCUGGACACAGAUCUGCGCAGCUUUUAUGCAGACUCCUGUUUUGUCUUCACCCUCACACACCGAAAGCCGCCCCCCUUCUGCCAAGAGGGCUAUCUGAGAAUGCGUGGACUUAUGGGGACCGAGAGCCGUCAGCAGCACCGAGCAGCCACCGGGCUCCAGGGAAAAGCUGGAUGGAGGCCAGUCCACCAGGAGCCGGCCCAGAGGACACCAGAGGCUCUGGACAUCCCAAAACUGCCCCUUGAGCGAAACAGGGAGGAACUGUAGCAGAUGUGCACCCCUCCAGACCAGUGGACAUUCGGCCCUGCAGUAA